AGUAUUUAUAUGUAAAAUGAAGACGGUUAUGUUUGAAAUCUCAUUUGGUAUUUAAAUGUGUAAUAGUUUUAUAAUAGCAAGUGUUUGACCAAAAUAUAUCGCGACAAGAUGUUAAUCAAAACAUCCCAUUUAACUUUUUCAUCAAGUAUUGUGGAUUCGGCUUAUGUUUCACAGGUGUGUUGUGUGUUGAAAUUGUCUUAGCAACGCCGUGUUCUUGUGAAUUGUUAAAACCGAGUGUAAAUAGCAUUAAAUAAUAAUGAAAAAUUGCACGUUGAUUAAAUUCAUUCUUUUAUCUAAAUUAUUGUUUAAUUUACGUUCGAUAUCAUUCUGAAUAUCGUGAAAUGACGGUUGUUCGUGAAAAAAGGUAUUUAAAUUUGAUCAAAAUGGAAGAAACUGAAAGGAAUAUAUCCGUACGAUGCCCAAAUAAUGUGAUGUUAGUUAUAAAUAAGUUUAUUAAUAAGUGUUUAUAUGAUUUUAAUUCUGUGAAGUGUUUCCUGUUUUUUAUGACCGCAUUGCUAGCAGUUACCUUCUGUCAUGCUACAGAAUCAUUGCAAGCUCCCCGUUUCACAACGCAGCCUUCAGCAUCCAGCAACAUUAUCAGUGAAGGGCGAACAAAAAUUCUGCAAUGCCAGGCACUCGGUUAUCCACAGCCGCGGUAUCGAUGGCUGCGAGACGGCCAACCUCUAGGAGACUUCAGCUCGGAGCCAUUCUACAAAAUAUUGAACACGCGUCGUGAGGACGCAGGUUCUUAUCAAUGUGUGGCGAGCAACGAUGUCGGCUCCAUAAUGAGUGAACGCAUAGACUUCACCGUCGCCUAUAUGGGUGUUUUUGAAGAUCAGAUAGAGCGAACCGUGUUCGUAGAAUCGGGACAAGCAGCAAUUUUGGAUCUACCUUUGAUAGAAUCACAUCCUACUCCUUCUGUUACCUGGCAAUCAGACAUGGGAUCACUACCUUAUGAUCACAAAUUUGCUGUGACUUCCAAUCAUCAGUUAGUGAUAUUAUCGGCUUCGGAAGCAGAUCAAAGAUCAUACAGAGCUCAUGCAAUAAACACUCAAUCCGGUAAAGAAGAAAACAGUGCCUUUAUUCGAGUGAAUGUGACAGGCGAUUACGCUUACGAAGUCGCACCCGAAAUAAUCAUCAAACCGACCGACUUGAAGAUCGUAAAAGGUCAACAACUCGCCGAACUGCAAUGCAUUGCAAACGCAAGACCUCUUCACGAACUCGAAACCUUAUGGCUCAAAGAUGGAAUUUUAAUUGAGAGCUCCGGGAUAUCUUACAAUUUCAAUGAUCCCUGGAAUCGUACGCUGGGUCUUUUGUCAGCAAACUUGACAUACAGUGGUCAGUACACUUGUAACGUUCGUCUCCGAAGUGGUGGUUUCCCUACGGUAACAUCUAAAGCUGAUGUGGUUGUAUUAGAAAAGCCUAGAUUUAUCAAUAACAUGAGAGCAGAAACUUUAGGUGAUUAUGGAUCACAAGUCGUUUUGCCGUGUGACGUGAUAGGUGAACCAAUGCCUAUUAUUAAAUGGUAUAAAAAUGUCCAAGAAAUACAAGAUAAAGGGUAUGAAGUACAAGAAGAUGGUUCUUUAUUGAUCAAAAGACUAGCUACUCACGAUUCGGCCAUGUUUCAAUGCGUUGCUCGCAACGAGGCUGGUGAACAAUCUGGAUACACUUGGUUGAAAGUGAAAACAUCAAAGCCUAUAUUGGAAGUGCCACCGGAAAACGUGACUGUUCUUGAUGGAAAAGAUGCAACAAUUUCUUGUAGGGCAGCCGGAGCCCCGGCACCUAAUGUAACUUGGUAUUAUAAUGAUGAUGGACCGCUUGAAAUAAAUAGUCACUUGCAGCUUUUGGAAUCAGGCGAUUUAUUAAUAUCAGAUGUACGCGAAACUGAUGCCGGUAAAUAUAAAUGUGUUAGAGCUAAUGAAGCUGGAACAGUAUCGGGAGAAGCCUAUCUUACUGUAAUGGUUCGAACUCAAAUCAUACAACCACCUGUUGAUACAAACGUUCUUCUUGGACUGACAGCUACUUUGCAGUGUAAGGUUUCAAAUGACCCUUCGGUUCCAUAUCAUAUAGAUUGGUAUCAGAAUCACGAGUUAAUUGUUUUCGGCAACAGUCCACGGAUAAAUAUUCUCAUUGACGGCACACUCGAAAUUCAAGCAGUUCGAGCUACUGAUGUUGGAGAAUAUUCUUGUUAUGUGACGUCUCCCGGUGGUAAUGAGACCAGAACAGCCAGAUUGAGCGUCAUAGAAUUGCCAUUUGCCCCGACUAAUAUAAAAGCUGAAAAAUUGGAUACAUUAACUCAAAGAGCUAUAAAUGUUUCAUGGACUCCUGGUUUUGAUGGUAACAGUCCUACUAAAAACUUUAUUGUUGAGAAACGGGAGGUACCAGAGCUAGGGCCCCUACCUGACCCAUUAUUAAAUUGGGUGACUGAAUUGAGUAAUGUAUCUGCAAAUCAAAGAUGGAUUUUAUUGACUAAUUUAAAAGCUGCUGCUGCUUAUCAGUUUCGAGUUAGCACUGUAAAUAGUGUAGGCGAAGGAUCACCAUCUGAGCCUAGCAAUGUAGUUAUGCUCCCUCAGGAAGCCCCUUCUGGGCCACCAGUUGGUUUCGUGGGUUCGGCGAGAUCAUCUUCUGAAAUUAUUACUCAGUGGCAACCACCUUUAGAAGAACAUCGAAAUGGACAAAUUUUGGGAUAUGUUAUACGUUAUAGGUUAUUUGGCUAUAACAACAGUCCAUGGACGAGCAGAAACAUAACAAAUGAGGCACAAAGGAAUUUUUUAAUACAGGAAUUGAUCACUUGGAAGGACUACAUAGUUCAAAUCGCCGCUUAUAAUAACAAAGGUGUUGGUGUAUUUACAGAGGGUGCAAAAAUUAAAACUAAAGAAGGGGUUCCAGAAUCACCUCCCACAAAUGUGAAAGCAAAAGCAUUGAAUUCCACCUCUGUUCGAAUAUGGUGGAAACCUCCAGAUCCUCAAAAAAUUAAUGGCAUCAAUCAAGGAUAUAAAUUACAAGCAUGGAUUUCUGAAAUUGAGGAGAAUUCAAAUGUGAUUCAAGUGGAAGCUAGAAUGCUAACAGUUCCUCCUAGCCUUUUUGAUCCUUUAGCCGAACAAUCUACUAUAAUGAAUGGUCUGGAGAAGUUUACUGAAUACAAUAUUACUGUAUUAUGUUUUACUGAUCCUGGUGAUGGAGUUAGAAGCAAACCAACACCUGUGAGAACCAGUGAAGACGUGCCUGAUGAAGUAAGUUUAUUGCAAUUUAAUGAUGUAUCAGAUAGGGCAGUAAAUGUUGCAUGGGCUCCUCCAAGGCAAGUUAAUGGUAUUCUAACUGGUUAUCGGGUUAGAUAUCAAAUUAAAGAUACCCCAAGUACACUUAAAAUUGUCAAUUUGUCAUCAAAUGUAACAAGUCUCAUGGUAACACAAUUACAGGCCACUACCCACUACUGGUUUGAGGUAACUGCUCAUACUGCUAAAGGUAAUGGCGUACCUCGUACUGCAACCAUACAAUCAGGGGUAGAACCAGUUUUGCCUGAUCCACCCUACCAACUUGCUUUAUCAAAUAUUGAAGCUUUUUCCGUUGUUUUGCAAUUUACACCAGGAUUUGAUGGAAAUUCAUCUAUCACCUUAUGGAAAGUUGAGGCACAAACUGCAAGAAACUCAACAUGGUUUACUAUAUUUGAAGUAUCAGACCCUGAUGCUACCACACUUACUGUAACUGGCUUAGUUCCUUUCACUGUAUAUAGACUUAGACUAAUAGCAAAUAAUGUAGUUGGACAUUCGUUGCCCUCUGAGCCAAGUAAAGAGUUUCAAACUAUUCAAGCACGACCUAGUCAUCCUCCAAAAAAUGUAACAGUGAGGGCUAUGAGUGCCACAGAACUUAGAGUGAGAUGGAUACCCUUGCAGCAAAUUGAGUGGUUUGGCAAUCCACGAGGUUACAAUAUAACAUAUGCUUCAAUUGAACCUAAUCCUGUUCCAGAAGUUCGGAGCAUAUUAAUAGAAGAUCACACUGCUAAUUCACAUGUUUUAGAUGGUUUGGAAGAAUGGACACUGUAUUCUAUCAGUAUGCAUGCUUGUAAUGAUGUUGGUAGCUCAUUCAGUUCUCCUGCAGCUAUAGAAAGAACUAGAGAAGCAGUUCCAUCAUUUGGCCCAUUAAAUGUUGAAGCUAAUGCAACAUCUUCUACUACUAUUGUUGUUAAGUGGAAAGAAGUUCCCUUAGAGCAUCAGAAUGGUCAAAUAGAAGGGUAUAAAGUUUAUUAUGGUGCAGGUGUCAGAGAUCCUGUUCGUUACAAGCAAAUAUUGGAUAAUUCUACAUUUACAACAACUUUGACUGAAUUGAAAAAAUAUGUGCAGUACCAUGUGCAAGUGCUUGCUUUCACAAGGUUGGGUGACGGUGCUUUGAGUUCUCCGCCUAUAAGGAUUCAAACAUUUGAAGACGCGCCCGGAGCUCCAUCCAAUGUUUCAUUUCCUGAUGUAUCUUACACAACUGCUAGAAUAAUUUGGGAUGUUCCACAAGAUCCAAAUGGCGAAAUACUCGCUUACAGAGUUACAUAUCAUAUGAAUCUAAACCCAGAAUUGAAUUAUUCUAGGGAAUUUCCUCCAUCUGAUAGAACUUUUAGGGCAACUGAACUUAUGGCAGAGCAAUACUACAUGUUUUCUGUGACAGCUCAAACAAGAUUAGGAUGGGGAAAAAUAGCAUCUGCUUUAGUGUACACUACAAAUAAUAGAGAGAUACCACAACCUCCUUCUCUGCCUCAGAUUAGUAGAAGUCAAGUACAAGCACAACAGAUUACAUUCAGUUGGACACCAGGUCGAGAUGGAUAUGCUCCUUUAAGAUAUUAUACUGUGCAACUACGAGAAAACGAAGGACCUUGGCACAGUUUGCCAGAACGUGUUAAUCCUGCUGUAACAUCAUACACAGCUACCAAUUUAAGACCGUACAGUACGUAUCAGUUUCGUAUCCGAGCUACUAACGACAUUGGGCCUAGUGCGUAUAGUACUGAGUCUAUUGAAGUACGGACCUUGCCUGCAGCACCUAGUAAGGAGAUUAGCAAUAUACGAGCUGUGCCUAUAACUCCAACGAAAGUUCGCGUUGAAUGGGAUGUUCUUCCAUAUCAAUAUUGGAGCGGAGACAAUGAUACGGGAGGUUACAGAGUGCUAUUUCAACCGGUUACUGAUUUUCCAGCCGCUUUGCAAGCGACUCCGAAGGAAGAUGUAUCUGGUAUUAAUUCUGACAUGUUAAUUCUUUCCGAUUUGACUCCUGAUCGUAACUAUGAAGUGAUAGUAGUAGCAUUUAAUUCUCAAGGCUUGGGACCUCCGAGCCCUCCUAUAACUGUAUAUGUAGGAGAAGCUGUACCUACUGGUGAACCACAAAGUAUUCAGGUUCAGGCUGUCAGCAGUACAGAAGUCUUAUUGAAAUGGAAACCACCUAAACAAAGUAUGCAGAAUGGUGAACUUUUAGGAUAUAAGAUAUUUUAUUUAGUCACCGAUUCACCCCAAGAGCCAGAAAACGAUAAACCAAUUGAGGAAGAAAUAGAAGUUGUGCCUGCGACAUACAGUGCACAUAGUUUGGUAUUUCUUGAUAAAUAUACUGAAUAUAAAAUACAGAUUUUGGCUUUCAAUCCUGCUGGUGAUGGACCGCGAUCAUUACCAGUAACGGUGCGAACAUUGCAAGGUCUACCAGGUCCACCAAUGAAUUUGCAAUUUACUGAUAUUACUAUGAAUAGCUUGAAUGUAUCUUGGGAUCCACCUAAGAAAAGAAAUGGUGAUAUUUUGGGAUAUAUAGUAACCUAUGAAACUACUGAACAAAAUGAGCGAUUUAGCAAACAAGUGAAGCAAAAAGUAUCAGAAACUUCACUAAUAGUACAGAGUUUGGAGGAGGAAGUGACAUAUACUUUUACUGUGCGGGCUCAGACUAAAAUAGAUUUUGGACCAGCUAUUCUGGGCAAUAUUACCACUGGCCCUCAGGAAGGAUCACCUCUGUCGCCCAAGGAACUUACAAUCACCAAAACAAUAUCAAGUGUUCAAAUGCACUGGAGCAACAGUGCUUCUGGACGAGGGCCAAUCUUAGGCUAUUAUAUCGAAGCAAAGAGAAAGAAUGAAGGUCGGUGGGAAACUGUAUGGCGCACAUCCAAUGGUCCACUUCAGGAAUUUGUUAUAUCAUAUCAAAGUCUUCUACCAUCCACGUCAUACAAGUUUCGUAUCAUCACAUACAACCAGUAUGGAAUUAGCUAUCCAUUGUAUUCUGAAGAUUCAAUUUUAACGCCAUCUAAACUUUAUUUGGAGUAUGGAUAUCUUCAGCAUAAACCAUUCUAUAGACAAAAUUGGUUUAUGGUGGCCUUGGCAGCAACUUCUAUUGUCAUUAUAAUCAUGGUGAUUGCAGUACUAUGUGUGAAAAGCAAGAGUUAUAAAUACAAACAAGAAGCACAAAAAACCUUGGAAGAAUCAAUGGCCAUGGACAUUGAUGAUAGACAGGAAUUAGCUUUGGAACUAUACCGUUCACGUCACAAUGCGUCUACAAUGUCGGGCAGCGGUGCCGGAACCUUGAGUAGGCGAUUAGCUAAUGGUACCUUGGGACGAAAGAGCAAUAACAACAAUAUUCAUGGAGGUGGAGUCAUGAAUCCGGCUCUUGGUAAAUCACCUCCGAGACCAAGUCCGGCUUCAGUUGCAUACCAUAGUGAUGAAGAAAGUCUCAAAGGCUAUGACGAAAAUCCUGAUGAUAGUAGUGUCACGGAGAAACCAUCUGAAAUAAGUUCAUCAGAAUCUCAGGGAUCAGAGAGUGAAAAUGAAAGUGUCAGGUCUGAUCCGCAUUCCUUUGUAAAUCAUUACGCAAAUGUGAACGAUUCUUUGAGACAAUCAUGGAAACGACAAAAGCCAGUUCGAAAUUAUUCCAGUUAUACUGAUUCUGAGCCGGAGGGCAGUGCUGUAGUUAGUCUCAAUGGGGGUCAGAUCAUCAUGAAUAAUAUGGCUCGAUCGAGAGCACCAUUACCAGGAUUUUCAUCUUUUGUUUGA